AUGAACCUGCUAUGCGAGACAGAGUUCCCCGCGGCCGGCGGCCUCAGCGCGGGCCGGGGCGACGCCGUGAGAGGCAAACAAAAACGCCACGAAUCCGUCCGACCUGACCGAAAGAGCUCGCUUGCCGCUCGACUCGACCAUCGACGUGUUUAUUUCGGAUUUCGCUUCGUCGCGUUUGGGUGUGUCAUAAAUAACAUUGAAAAAACCAACAUGAGUGGACAGCAAUACUACCCGUACAAGUGCACCCCCACGGUGUACCCCGCGGAGCCCUUUGACCCCGCCGCAGAUGCGGAAACCCUUCGCAAGGCGAUGAAGGGUUUCGGAACCGACGAGAAGGCCAUCAUCGAUGUACUUUGCCGUCGCGGAAUUGUCCAGCGUCUUGAAAUUGCCGAAACCUUCAAAACUAACUAUGGAAAGGACCUUAUCAGUGAACUGAAGAGCGAACUCAGCGGUAACUUAGAGAAUGUGAUCGUGGCUCUAAUGACCCCGUUGCCUCACUUCUACGCAAAGGAAUUGCACGACGCUGUUGCCGGGAUGGGCACUGAUGAAGAAGCCAUCAUCGAAAUCCUUUGCACUCUGUCUAACUACGGAAUCCGCACUAUCUCAGCUUUCUAUGAGCAAUGUAAGUUAUAU